ACGAAGAAGAAUUACUUUGAGCAAUCCGACGGAGAGGAUGUAAUUUAAUGUUUUUGGAGCUCAACAUUGACAAAAUUGCUCAUUUGAAGCCGAAUUGAUUAUUGCAAGGCAGAAAGUUAGUCUUUGGUGGCGUGCAUGUCUGGAAAAAGCGUAUGAGACACUGAUAGCAUUGCACAGACAGCCGGCGGGGAAGAAUGGCUGGAAGUGUUGCGUUAGCUGUUAUCUAGCUAACGUUAGCACUAGCCAACUGACUAGCUAGCUAAAUCGUCACAUUCACUGCGCAGGAACUCAUUGCCUUGGGAUUUAUUAGGACUGGAAAUAUAGCUAGCAAGAUAGUCACUUCAAUUAUUACAGUCGUCUUGCAACAUUUAAUGCGUGGAAACGCUCGAGCAUCACUGGUGCUUUUUUUGUGGAUACAGGAAGAACUUUCCAAUCCACACGACCAUCGCGUCAAACCUGUAGUUCACGAACAUGAUCAAAUUCAAAUACCGUAUCAAUGCAUGAAAUCAAGAUGAACAGGAAGAAGGACAAGGGAUUUGAGAGCCCGCGGCCUUUUAAAUUGACUCACCAGGUUGUCUGCAUCAACAACAUCAACUUCCAAAGAAAGUCUGUGAUUGGCUAUGUGGAGCUGACCAUCUUUCCAACUGUGGUCAACCUGAACCGGAUCAAGCUCAACAGCAAGCAGUGCAGGAUCUACAGAGUCAGAGUCAACGACCUAGAAGCACCAUUCAUUUACAAUGACCCUACUCUAGAGGUCUGCCACCAUGAGUCCAAGCAGAGGAACCUGAACUAUUUCUCCAGUGCCUACACAGCAGCAGUCAGUGCUGUGGACCCAGACGCAGGACACGGGGAGCUGGUCAUCAAAGUGCCCUCUGAGCUGUGGAAGCAAGGAGACGAGAUGAAUGUGCUGAAAGUGUACAUAGAGUUCUCUCUAGACCAGCCUAAAGGAGGCCUUCACUUUGUGGUGCCUGAUGUAGAGGGGAGCAUGGCUGAGAGAGGAGCACACGUCUUCUCCUUCGGAUACCAGAACUCCACAAGGUUCUGGUUCCCCUGUGUGGACUCGUACUCUGAGCUGUGCACCUGGAAGCUGGAGUUCACAGUGGAUGCCUCUAUGGUGGCUGUGUCCUGUGGGGACUUGGUAGAGACCGUCUACACCCACGACAUGAGGAAGAAGACCUUCCACUACGUCCUCCCUAUCCCCACCGCGGCCCCCAACAUCUCACUGUCUGUCGGCCCCUUUGAGAUCCUGGUUGACCCCUACAUGCAUGAGGUGACCCACUUCUGUUUGCCCCAGCUCCUGCCCCUGUUGAAACACUCCAUGUCGUACCUGCAUGAGAUCUUUGAGUUCUACGAGGAGAUCCUGACCUGUCGAUACCCCUACUCCUGCUUCAAGACUGUGUUUGUGGACGAGGCCUACGUCCAGGUGUCUUCGUACGCUUCUAUGAGCAUCUUCAGUACUAAUCUGCUGCACAGUGCCAUGAUCAUAGACCAGACCCCCCUGACCAGACGGUGUUUAGCUCAGGCCCUGGCACAGCAGUUCUUUGGCUGCUUCAUCUCCAGGAUGUCAUGGGCUGAUGAGUGGGUGCUGAAGGGGAUCUCUGGCUACAUCUAUGGUCUGUACCUGAAGAAGACCUUUGGAGUGAACCAGUACCGCCACUGGAUCAAAGAGGAACUGGACAAGAUGGUGGAGUAUGAGCUGAAGAUGGGCGGAGUUCUGUUACACCCGACCUUCGGUGGAGGCAAAGACAAGGACAACCCUACCCCUCACCUCCACUUCUCCAUCAAGCACCCUCACACCCUGUCCUGGAAGUACUAUAAGAUGUUCCAGUGUAAAGCCCACCUGGUCAUGAGGCUCAUCGAGAACAGGAUCAGCAUGGAGUUCAUGCUGCAGGUGUUCAACAAGUUACUAAGCCUGGCCAGUACGGCCUCCUCCCAGAAGUACCAGUCACACAUGUGGAGCCAGAUGCUGGUAUCCACCCACAGCUUCCUCAAGUCCAUCUCCAACGUGUCGGGGAAGGACAUAGGGCCCCUCAUCAAGCAGUGGGUAGACCAGAGUGCAGUGGUGAAGUUCUUUGGUAGUUUUGCCUUCAACAGGAAACGGAACGUUCUAGAACUGGAGAUCCGACAGGACUACACCUCCUCUGGAACACAGAAAUACGUGGGCCCCAUCAAGGUGACAGUCCAGGAGCUGGAUGGCUCCUUCAACCACACUCUGCAGAUAGAGGAGAACAGCCUGAAGCACGACAUUCCCUGCCACUCAAAGAGCAGACGAAACAAGAAGAAGAAAAUACCUUUGAUGAACGGGGAGGAGGUUGACAUGGACCUGUCUGCUAUGGAUGCGGAUUCUCCCUUGCUGUGGAUCCGGAUCGAUCCGGACAUGUCCAUCCUGCGUAAGGUGGAGUUUGAGCAGGCAGACUUCAUGUGGCAGUACCAGCUCCGGUAUGAGCGUGACGUAGUGGCCCAGGAGGAGUCUAUUUUAGCCCUGGAGAAGUUCCCCACCCCAGCCUCCCGUCUGGCCCUCACUGACAUCCUAGAACAGGACCAGUGCUUCUACAAGGUCCGCCAGGGGGCCUGCUUCUGCCUCGCCAAGAUUGCUAACUCCAUGAUGAGCACGUGGACGGGUCCUCCAGCCAUGAAGUCUCUGUUCACCAGGAUGUUCUGCUGUAAGAGUUGUCCCAACAUCGUCAAGACCAACAACUUCAUCAGCUUCCAGAGCUACUUCCUACAGAAGACCAUGCCUGUAGCCAUGGCCCAACUCAGAGACAUCCAGAACCUCUGUCCCAAAGACGUCCUCAACUUCAUCCUGGACCUCAUCAAGUACAACGACAACAGGAAGAACAAGUUCUCUGACAACUACUACCGUGCUGAGCUGAUUGAUGCUCUGACCAACUCCCUGACCCCGGCCAUCAGCAUUAGUAACGAGGUCCGCACCGUGGACAACCUCAACGGAGACGUACGCCUCAUCCUGGAGGAGAUCACACGCUUUCUUAACAUGGAGAAACUGCUGCCCAGCUACCGCAACACCAUCACUGUCAGUUGUCUCAGAGCUAUCCGGAUGCUUCAGAAGAAUGGCCAUAUUCCCAGUGACCCCUCUCUGUUUAAGUCCUAUGCAGAAUACGGACACUUUGUGGAUGUGCGUGUCGCAGCACUGGAAGCUGUGGUGGACUACACAAGAGUUGACAGGAGCUCUUUGGAACUGCAGUGGCUGCUCAACAUGGUCCAGAAUGACCCCGCUCACUACAUCAGACACAAGAUCCUGAGCAUGCUGGGUAAAAACCCUCCCUUCACCAAAGCAGCCGAGUCUCCACUCUGCAACGAGGCUCUGGUUGACCAGCUGUGGAAACUCAUGAACUCAGGCCUGGCUAGUCAAACCCCCAUCUGGAACUGGUGUGAUAUCCACUCAGGCCUGGCUAGUCAAACCCCCACCUGGCGCUGGUGUGAUAUCCACUCAGGCCUGGCUAGUCAAACCCCCAUCUGGAACUGGUGUGAUAUCCACUCAGGCCUGGCUAGUCAAACCCCCAUCUGGAACUGGUGUGAUAUCCACUCAGGCCUGGCUAGUCAAACCCCCAUCUGGAACUGGUGUGAUAUCCACUCAGGCCUGGCUAGUCAAACCCCCAUCUGGAACUGGUGUGAUAUCCACUCAGGCCUGGCUAGUCAAACCCCCAUCUGGCGCUGGUGUGAUAUCCACUCAGGCCUGGCUAGUCAAACCCCCAUCUGGAACUGGUGUGAUAUCCACUCAGGCCUGGCUAGUCAAACCCCCAUCUGGAACUGGUGUGAUAUCCACUCAGGCCUGGCUAGUCAAACCCCCAUCUGGAACUGGUGUGAUAUCCACUCAGGCCUGGCUAGUCAAACCCCCAUCUGGAACUGGUGUGAUAUCCACUCAGGCCUGGCUAGUCAAACCCCCAUCUGGAACUGGUGUGAUAUCCACUCAGGCCUGGCUAGUCAAACCCCCAUCUGGAACUGGUGUGAUAUCCACUCAGGCCUGGCUAGUCAAACCCCCAUCUGGAACUGGUGUGAUAUCCACGCAGGCCUGGCUAGUCAAACCCCCAUCUGGAGCUGGUGUGAUAUCCACGCAGGCCUGGCUAGUCAAACCCCCAUCUGGAGCUGGUGUGAUAUCCACUCAGGCCUGGCUAGUCAAACCCCCAUCUGGAACUGGUGUGAUAUCCACUCAGGCCUGGCUAGUCAAACCCCCACCUGGAACUGGUGUGAUAUCCACUCAGGCCUGGCUAGUCAAACCCCCAUCUGGAACUGGUGUGAUAUCCACUCAGGCCUGGCUAGUCAAACCCCCAUCUGGAACUGGUGUGAUAUCCACUCAGGCCUGGCUAGUCAAACCCCCAUCUGGAGCUGGUGUGAUAUCCACUCAGGCCUGGCUAGUCAAACCCCCAUCUGGCGCUGGUGUGAUAUCCACUCAGGCCUGGCUAGUCAAACCCCCAUCUGGCGCUGGUGUGAUAUCCACUCAGGCCUGGCUAGUCAAACCCCCACCUGGAACUGGUGUGAUAUCCACUCAGGCCUGGCUAGUCAAACCCCCACCUGGCGCUGGUGUGAUAUCCACUCAGGCCUGGCUAGUCAAAACCCCCAUCUGGCGCUGGUGUGA